AUGGAUCGCGGAUUUGAAUUGCAGGUCGUGAAGUUUCUGCACUCUUUCUUCCCUAUAAUCGCUGCGACAUAUUACUUUGUUGCUUGCUUUGUGAAAAGCAUACCGUCCCCUCGAAAGAGGAAGCCGUCUGCUCAACAGCCAAAAGGCUUAAGACUUGCGCUGGGCUGUAUUAUGCUCCUCGUAUUGACAACUUAUAUCUUUGCAUUGGCUUCCUCGCUUCUUUGGUUCAGUACUAUCUUGGCGUAUAUCGAUGCUCAAUCUCCUCCGGGCUAUCCUCUUUACGGGUGCUGGAUCCUCUAUUUUCUAUGCGAACUUGCGCUGCUUUCGCUCUCCCUUCGACUUGACCACGCUCGAACGAAGUUAUCCGUCAUCACAACGAUAUCCCAGGCAAUUCGACUGUUUCAAGGAGAUGGCGCCGAAAACGCUUAUGGUUCAUGCAGCUCUCGGAGUAAUUCAACAGCUGAACCCCACGUUUCUAAAUCGGAUCCUGAAUUGAAUAAAGAAGGCGAGGAGGAAUUGAAACCGAGAGAGUUGAAUUUGUGGGAUUUUAUGAAAAAUUUACGGGCCAUUGUUCCAUUCUACUGGCCUUCGGGAAAGCCAAAGCUCCAACUCCUAUAUUUGUGUAUUGGCAUCUGUCUGGUAUUCCAACGCAUCAUGAAUAUCGUCAUCCCUCUUCAAAUAGGGCUGAUUACCAAUAUCCUCAGCAAGAAUGACGGAACUUUCCCCUGGAGAGAAAUUUCCUUUUUCAUUGCCCUCCGGCUUUUUGAUUCUAGCUGCGGUCUGUCUGCGAUUACGAAGUUCCUUUGGGUACCGCUGGAGGACUACUCAUACACGAACCUGAGUUCAGCGGCAUACAACCAAAUCAUGGCCCUGUCGAGCGACUACCAUGACAGUAAAAGCUGUGCGAAUCUGUGGCAAUCAGUCUUCCGAGGCCAAGGUGUCAAUAACAUGGUCCACAUGCUUUGUUUUGUUAUCGGGCCUAUGGUGAUUGACCUUGCAUUAGCUGUCAGUGUUUUGUAUUACAUAUUCGAUGCAUAUAUGGCUUUGGACAUCGCGGCUAUCGCUGUGUUGUUUAUGUGGUCAUCCGGUAAAAUAAUAAAUACGCAGGCAAAAAAGCGUCGCCAAUUCGUUGACAACAAGUCAAAGGAGGUUGCUCAUAUGUGUGAGACCACGGCAAACUGGUACACAGUCUCAUAUUUCAAUCGUAUAUCCUACGAAGAAUCGAGAUACGCCUCAUGCAUUAAAGACCAGCUGGUUUCCCGACGUGGGUAUCUGCUUUGGGUCCAUAUGGAAGAGUCCGUUCAAUCCCUGUUUUUGCUUCUAGGUCUGAUGAUUGCCUGUUUCAUGGCAGUCCACCAAGUUAUUAAAGGGACCAAACCCAUCGGACACUUCAUUAUGUUGCUUAGCUACUGGGCGCAGCUGACUGGUCCUCUUCAGCUCAUCGCAGCCGGGUUUGGCAGCCUUGCCAUGGAUAUGAUCGACAUGGAAGGGUUCUUAGAGUUAUUGAGGCAGAAACCAACUAUCACUAAUCAUGUGAACGCAAAACCCAUGCGUCAUCCUGCCAGUGGUGAUAUUGAAUUCACUGAUGUGACAUUUUCGUAUGAUGGCAAACGAGAGGUUCUCAACAAUGUGAACUUCAAAGUCAAGGCCGGACAGACCGUAGCACUGGUCGGGCAGACUGGAGGUGGUAAAACGACAAUUUUACAAAUGCUAAAUCGCUUUUACGACCCGACUUCAGGUAGUGUGAGAAUCGACGGACAAGAUAUAUCUCAAGUCACACUUGAAAGCCUCCGGGCAAAUAUUGGCGUCGUCCCCCAGCACCCCGCUCUCUUCGACGACACCAUAAUGGCCAAUAUCCGAUACGCGAGGCUUAGCGCUACUGACGAAGAAAUAAUUGAAGCCUGCAAAGCUGUGGCUCUUCAUGAUCGGAUUUUAACCUUCACCGACGCUUAUAACACCAUGGUGGGUGAACGCGGCCAAAAGCUCUCAGGCGGUGAGCUUCAGCGCGUUGCAAUUGCUCGCGCGAUCAUCAAAAAUCCAAUAAUUGUGCUUUUGGACGAAGCCACCAGCAGCAUGGAUAGCGAAACCGAAGCUCAUGUUCAGGGAAGUUUAAAUCGCCUUAGGAAAGGACGAACAACUUUUAUAGUUGCACAUCGCCUCUCUUCUGUCAUUCACGCGGACAAAAUUAUGGUUGUUGAAGGUGGUAAAAUCGUCGAGGAAGGAAACCACAGGGAACUAUUGAACAGGAAGGGUCACUAUUACCGACUCUGCGCUUUCCAAGGAGGAUUCGACAUUCCUGGAUAUCAUCGGGCCAGAUUUCCAAACGAUACCAUGGAUAAUGGAGAAAACCCACUAUUUAGGAACGAUUCCGAUCCUGCUACUAUCUCACCAGAAGGCACAGCAAGCAGCGGACACAGUGCCGAUCAGCAUAUAGGCAUCAUUCACGAAGGAGCCCUUGGGCAUUUGAGGCAUACUAGCCCAAACUGCGCAGGUGAUGUGUCCGCAAGAAAUCCCACCUCGAAAAAAGGUUGGAAGCCAGACGCUCCUGAGUUUGUUCCCCGAACUUAUAAAGCCUCUGAUGCUAUAAUUCCGCCAGUAACAUUUACUCAUCCAGCAAACAUCAACCAUAACUUUUCUAGCGAGGUAACUUGUCGGUUUUCAAGCAACAUUGCAGAGGAAGCUAGUGGUGACGCCGAUCUUCUCAGCAGUUCUAAAGAGAAUGUCCCGGCGCUAGCUAGAAAGAGCCCCCAUCCCGAGCUCUCCUCGAUGGAGAAAGGAGACCAAAAAGCCAAGUCAUUAUCCCCAAGAAUGAAAACGAUGUCAGGACAGCCUUCUAUGCAUAAUGGUGAUGCUGAGUUGGUGCAGGGAGGUGUUUGGCAGGGAACCACUGAUGUUGUAUCAGAUUCCGCGGUUGUGCUGCCAAAAUAUGCUCAACGACGUCGGGAAAUGACCAAAAGUGAACCAACAACCAAAAGUCAAAACGUCGACGAAAAUACACCUUUAAUUGAUUUGGAGACUGCAGCGCCGUCCAUUCCGCGCAAAGGCCAGUCGACAACGUCUAAUCAGCGUCGUCGUCGGCGUUACCAUAACUGGAGCAACAGUGAGAAUCGCAAGCGGGGAACGGCCAAGGCUAGCAUUCGCGAUACUGGAUCAUCGUCUUGAUUGAAGAGAGCGAAAUUCGAGAUGAUCAAAUGAUUGGAAAAAAGAAAGCCGGAGCCUUUUAAACUUUAGCAAUGAUGACUUGAUGUUACCUUUGAGCUUUAUGACUGUACCUGUAUAUAUAUAUAUAUUGCAUUCCCAGCGCAGGGUCUGAGGUUCGAUCUUCGGCGUAAUGGCAUUCAGGGAAUAGAAUAGGGGACUUAUUACUUAGUUGGAUAUCAAUUAAUAAUAGCUUAAUAACUUAAUAAAGCAGAGAAAUAGGUAUAAACUAACAUUUUGAUAUUCUACCGCUUAUAUUAUUUGAUAAAACUCUCAGCUGCCAAAUCUUUGCUUCGCCAACUCCCUUAGCACACUCAUUGUUUCUUCCUCCCUCUUCCGGUACGCCUUCAAUCUUUCCUCCCUUUCCGCUGCCCGCGCCCUCAACAUUUCCUCCCGCCGAAUCUCCCUCUCAUUCUUCUUUCGCAUCUCCUUCUCCCUCUGCUUCUUCAGCGAUGCAAGGUCAUCUCCACCGCCACCGCCACCCAUCAGCUCGUCAUCAUUUACUAUACCAUCGUCGUCGCCGCCCGCCUUCGACUCUGCAAAAGCACGGUUGGCAGCGGCGGCUUCGCGCCUCUUCUCCAAGCGCCGUUCGCGAGUGCCGGGUUCGGCGCGCGGAGCGAUUUCUUCCUCUGCAGCGCGUAUUUGGGCCUUGUGGGCGGCGCGCGCGAGGGAGGUUUCCUUGCGCUGCGUGAUGAAGGCGGUUGUUUGGGAUUGUUUUUGGGAUUCU